AUGGAAAGUGAUAAGUCUGGUUUGAUUAAAUCCCCUCCUUCUGUAUUAAGGAGACAAGGUCGAACAAAUAGUAUACGUGGUCAAAUCCGCAGUUUAACAAACAAAAUGACUCCUCAACCAGUUAACAAACUGGAUGAUAUAAAAUAUGAACAAAAGUCAGUAAUCACUGGAGAAAUUCCAACUACUCGUGUGAAUACACGAUUAUUUAAUGCACGUAAACAAUUCUCCAAGCCAUCUGUUCCAACAAUAUCACUCGAUGAUCAAAAUUCAUUAACUACUAGUCCUCAAUCAUCAAGAUCCGCAUUCAGUCAUAAAAAAAUGUAUAAGACCGACUCAAUUGAGUCUAGAACAUCAAUGCCUGUAUCACCAUCCGAAUCGCAUUAUUCACCCCAUUUUGAAAAGAAUUUAACACACGUCACUACAACUAUGCGUGCACUGUCAACGUCUCCACGUGUAGGCUCACCGAAUGCUUUAGUUCCUCCCUAUAAUAAAUCUUUACAGCCUUUGGCUUUUUCAUAUGAUUCCAUAAAUCCAGACUAUCAUAUAAAUAAGGAUACAAGUGAUAAACAUUCGCGUGAAAUCUACACUACUAAUAAUAGAGUUAAACCGAAAAGUCUAUUAAAUACUAAAUCUCAGCUCAUCAAAAGUCCUCAAAUGACAGGAAAAAAUUUUAUUCCGAUGACAUCCUCUGUAAUGACAUCAGCAUCAGCAUUAACAUCAAAUAUAAGUGAUGAUAUUUUAUUAGGAUUAGUGCAUCAAAAAUCGACAGAGUCACAUGAUUCCUCGAUAAGUAUGCCUAGUGUAACUAGUUCCGGUGGUAGUCCAUACACAUCAGGUGGUUCACGACUACUUGAACAAAAUAAAAAGGAAGAUAAGUUAUACAGAAGUACUGAAGUUAAUUUUUACACAGAUGACCAGGGAAUAAAGCCAAGUGAACAACAUAUUGUAAGACGUUCCAGUUAUGAAUUAUAAAUAUUUAAUCGGAAAUGAUGUAUGAUAUAUCCGAAUUCCGUGACCAGCAUGUUGAUAUUUACACUGAAGUCCUUCAUUUCACCCUAGAAAUUAUUUAAAUUCAUUAUUAUUACAGUGCUACUGUAGUGAACAAUAACACCAGUAGAGACAAUCGAAUAUGAUUGACACAAAAUUACAGGACUUGUUAA